UUUCAGUGAGCAAUUUCUAUGAUAUUUUGUAGACACGGUCAGUAUAGAUUUAUUCCACUUUUUGUGGUUAAACUCGUAAGAAAGUUCGUUCUAGUUUCCAUUAUUUUUGAUGGAAUUAGCAGCAUCCUCAUGGCACGUGACGCAUAGUUCAAUUUUCGAGGCUUGGGACCUCCUCCCGCAUAUAACCAGCAAAUUGCUAUGUCCGUUCAAACCAAAGCUGAUCUUUGUCCAGCCAAGCCUAAUCUUCUCCUACAGGACGAUCUAGUAAAAAAACGAUACAAGAUUAUAAUCCCUGGAUUGUUUUGAAGACUUCAUUCAACCUUUAAUGAAUCAAAUGUGACUUUAAUGUUGUUCGAUUGUAUUGGGAACAAGGGAAUGUGGUAGAGUGAGGCUGUGAAUCAUUCGACAUUUAUCGAGAAAACUGCUGGAUUAGACCAGAGAUCGCGUUGUUCUGGGUUCGGGGAAUACCCACUGUGACAUGUCGGAGAAUCCGGUUUUCGCGCUGCUGUGGCUAUGGUUUGGGAUUUCUGAUUCAGCCGGUUUCUUCUCUUUGCCACACCUUAGCAUCCAGAAUAAAGAGCAUGUAAUUAAUGCUAAUGACACUUUAAUAAUUAAUUGCAGUGGACAUGGACCGGUGGAAUGGUCAUGGCCCAGAAACCACAGCAGCAUGGAACACAGGAUAUCACUGACUAACUGCAGCAAAGGGAAUUGGUUUUGCAAAACUCUCAUUCUGACAAAGACCAAUGCAAAUGAUACUGGAAUGUACCGGUGUUACCACACACAAUCACCAAUCCACGUAGCAGCAAGCAUCUAUGUCUUCGUUCAGGAUGAUCAAAUGCCUUUUGUGAAUCCCUCUGACAAGCCAGAAGCACUGCUCAUAACUGAAAGUAAGAAGCUUGUCGUUCCAUGCAAGGUUUCCAUCCCAAAUCUUAAUGUCACCUUACAUACGAAAUAUCCAGAGAAUUAUAUAGUCCCUGACGGAACAACAAUAUUGUGGGAUAAUAAGAAUGGUUUCAUUGUCUUGAGUCAGAGAAUCAGAGAUGCAGGAUUGGUCCAGUGUGAGACCACGGUGAAUGGAAAAGCCUAUCAUUCUAACAUCUAUGUGCUGGUAGUUGUUGGAUACAUGAUUUAUAACCUCACACUGAAUAAACCAUCUCCAGUGGAAUUGUCAGUGGGAGAGCGCUUGAUGCUAAAUUGUACUGCCAGAACCGAGCUGAAUGUACGGCUGAACUUUGAUUGGGACUAUCCCGGAGAGAAGCAGAAUCCCCAAUUAUUCUUCAAAAAUCAGAAGCAAGAAUUACCGCAAGGCCUGGAACUCUCAAGCAUUCUGAUUAUAGAUAACGUGAAAAAAAGAGAUGAAGGCAGAUAUAUAUGCCAUGCUUCCAGUGGAAUGAUGUCAAUGGAGCACAGCAUUGAUGUUAUUAUCCAUGAGAAACCCUUCAUCUUCAUAGAUCACAGAGCCAGGUCAAUAAUUGAGACAGUGUUGAAAGAAAGGAAUGUCAAAAUUCCUGUGAAGGUCACAGGCUAUCCCCAACCAGAAGUGAAAUGGACCAAGAAUGGAAGACCAAUAAGUAAGGAUCACUACAAAAUAAAGCAGCUCGGAUAUACAUUGAUGAUCAGCGGUGUGACAGAGAAGGAUGCUGGGAAUUACACAAUUAUACUUAGAAAUCCAAUGUCAAAUGAAGAGCAACAACACACAGUUCAACUCCUAGUAAAUGUUCCUCCAGAGAUUCAUGAGAAAGAAGUGGCGACUCAUACUGAUUUUCACAGCUACGGAAGUAGGCAGCCAUUGACCUGCACAGCAUAUGGCAUUCCUGCUCCUAGCAGCAUUAUUUGGGAAUGGCAGCCCGUAGAGAACUGUAGCUUCUCCUACAAUUAUCAGAGAGAAUUGGGAGCCCCCAAUAAAUGGAAUGAAAAUGAAAACUGGAGGAAUAUCACAGACAAUCAUGGCAGCAACAAGAUAGAAAGUUCAGAACCUCGAACCAUGUUCCUUGAAGGGAAGCAUAAGGUGGUUAGUACUCUUGUGAUACAAGUAGCAGAAGUCUGUGCCAUGUACAGAUGUCGGGCUGUUAACAAAGUGGGAGAGGAUCAGAGGGUUAUCUUCUUUCCUGUAACCAAGGGCCUUGAAAUGAACUUGCACCCUACUGAUCAUCCUAUAGAAAAGGACAAUGUAUCUCUUCAGUGCAGAGCUGACCGAUUUAUAUAUGAGAACUUAAAGUGGUAUAAGCUCCAUCCAACAACCCUCCAAAGCUACCGUGGCACUCCGGCCAUCUUCUCUUGUGAGCACCUCAAACACAACGCUCAGGAGGUGGCCUGGAAGAUGAGUUCUGAACACAAGACUGAAAAUAUCACCAUUGGGCUGAGCUUCAUUAAUAUAUCUCUUCAAGACCAAGGAGUUUAUCUUUGUGAAGCCCAGAAUAAAAAGACAGGUGCAAAACACUGUGUCAUGAAGACUCUCUCAGUAGAAGCUCAACAGGCUCCCUUGGUGCUUCAGAACCUAACAGACCAAACCGUGAACAUGAGCUCGUCUAUUGAAAUGAAAUGUGAUGUAGCUGGUGCCCCAAGGCCACACAUUAUAUGGUACAAGAAUGAGAAGCAGAUUCUGGAGGCAUCAGGCAUUGUUCUUGGCAAGCUGAACAGGACCUUGACUAUCCAGAGACUGAAGAAGGAAGAUGAAGGGACGUACAAGUGUGAGGCUUGUAAUAUGCAGGGCUGUGCAGAAACGUAUGCAGCAAUUGCUGUUGAAGGAGUUGACGAGAAGACAAACGUUGAGCUGAUUAUCUUGAUUGGCACUGGAGUAAUUGCCACGUUCUUUUGGCUGCUUCUAAUAAUCAUCAUUCGAAAAAUAAAGCGGCCCAGUGAUGCAGAACUGAAAACAGGCUACUUGUCAAUCAUCAUGGACCCCGAUGAAGUACCCAUGGAUAAACAGUAUGAACAGCUGUCAUAUGAUGCCAGUAAAUGGGAGUUUCCUCGGGACAGGCUUAAAUUGGGAAAACCAUUAGGUUGUGGAGCUUUUGGCAAAGUGAUUGAAGCAGCUGCGUUUAAUAUCGAAAAGUACUCUACAUGCACAACUGUUGCUGUCAAGAUGUUGAAAGAAGGGGCAACAUUCGGUGAACAAAGGGCAUUGAUGUCUGAACUGAAGAUUCUUAUUCACAUUGGCCAUCACCUCAACGUAGUGAAUCUGCUGGGAGCCUGCACAAAAGUGGGAGGUCCACUGAUGGUGAUUGUUGAAUAUUGCAAGUAUGGUAACCUGUCAAAUUACUUGAGAAGCAAGAGGAAUGACUAUGUUCCUUACAAGAAUAAAGCAAUGAGGUUAAAACAGAUUAAAGAGAAGGAUCCUGGUGAGGUGGACAGUGAGUUUAAACGGCGCUUGGACAGCAUUGCAAGUAGUGAGAGCUCUACCAGUUCUGGCUUUGCAGAAGACAAAUCACUGAGUGAUGUGGAAGAGGAGGAAGCUGCAGAUGACUUCUACAAGAACUGUUUGACACUGGAGGACCUUAUCUCCUACAGCUUCCAGACAGCCAGGGGGAUGGAGUUCCUGGCCUCACGCAAGUGCAUCCAUAGGGAUCUGGCUGCACGUAAUGUACUCUUGUCAGAAAACAAUGUGGUGAAGAUAUGUGACUUUGGUUUGGCUCGAGACGUUUAUAAGGACCCGGAUUAUGUCAGGAAAGGAGAUGCACUGCUUCCGCUUAAAUGGAUGGCGCCAGAGACCAUCUUUGACAAAAUUUAUACAACACAAAGUGAUGUCUGGUCUUUUGGAAUUCUACUUUGGGAAAUAUUUUCAUUAGGUGCCUCUCCAUAUCCUGGUGUUCAGAUUGAUGAAGAGUUUUGUCAGCGACUCAAGGAAGGGACUCGAAUGCGAUGUCCUCAAUAUGCAACAACAGAAAUUUAUCAUACAAUGUUGGAUUGUUGGCACGGAGACUACAAAAUGAGACCAAUCUUUUCUGAAUUAGUAGAACACUUGGGGAACUUACUCCAGACGAAUGCUCAACAGGAUGGCAAGGAUUAUAUUCCACUUAAUAUGUCACUGACUAUAGAAGAUGAUUCUGGACUCUCUCUGCCAACUUCACCUACUUCCUGUACAGAGGAAGAGGAAGGGAGUGAUUCAAAGUUUCAUUAUGACAACACGGCCAGAAUACGAUACAUUAAUGGAAGCAAAAAUCGAGGCAGACCGGAAGGUGUUAAGACAUUUGAUGAAGAAACAGUACAAAAAGCAACUAUCAAUGUGCAAGAGGAUAACCAGACUGACAGUGGCAUGAUACUUGCAUCAGAGGAACUUAAGACAUUGGAUUCCAGACAGAGUCAGUCAAUGGCAUUUAGUGCCUUAAUUCCAAGCAAGAGCAAAGAAUCUGUGUCAUCUGAAGUCUCUAACCAGACGAGUGGCUACCAGUCGGGAUACCAUUCUGACGACACAGACACAGCUCCUUACAGCAAUGAGGAAGCACAGCCAAAGGAAAACCACUGCAACUCACCAGCUGAUUACAACCACGUGAGUCGAUACAGUGCGCCACCUGUUUAGGAAUCCAAACCGAAGGCAGUGGACGCCACCCUGUAGCAGCUUCAUCUAAGCCACAAUUGUAUAAAGUUACCACAUAUAUUUUGUAAAAUAUUGUCAAAAAUGAACUUUAACUGUUCUAGAUAAUAGAACCAUUAUGAACAUUGACAAUAUAUAUAUAUAUAUAUCUUCAUAUGGCUGAAGAUGGCCCUGGAAUAAUUCACAGUGAAUCCAUUAUCUGCUCUUUAACCUAUUGAUGAUGAAUUUGUCAGGGUUGAACUGAUUUCUGUCUUCUACAUUCUGAGUUCAGAUCCAGUGGCCUUGAUUGUCCAACGUAUAAGCUCUAUCAUGCAGCAUACAAAGAAGAAACAAGGAAGUCAGAACACUGUCUGGAAAAAUAGUGGCUAGCAUCAAUUGUUGUGUAGGUGGCCAACAUUUCUUCACAAUCAGGCAUUCCAUCAAGUUGCCUAUUUCAAGCAUCUCUAGGCAGAAGUAAUGUUGACUGAAAUACUGUACAAUGAAAAUUACUUGACAUCUAAGACUUGGAUCCAGACACAGGACAAAGCCAUCUGCAUGUAUAUAUCGCAUAUUGCAAAGUACAUUUCAACCUCUCCAAUGGAUACCUUUCCAGAUUCUAGACAUCAGAGUGUGUGCAGAGGAAGUGUGAGAAAGGACGUAUAGGUAGGCAUCUAUUUAUAGCAGCUGAAUGUUGAAUGUCUGCAGAUUCACUAAUACAUCUAAUAUAUUGAACACAGGUAUAAACAUUUUCAUUGAAUGAGAAUACUGUAAACAGAGCAGUUUUCACUGCCAUGGUUAAAGGAAUCUUGGAUUGACCCGCUUAUCAGCUGGUACAUACUCUUUCUCUUCAGCAACAAUAAAAUCACUUCCACACAAAUGUAUGUAAGCAUCUAACUGGAAGUUUAUAAAGAUUGUAAUGUGCUGUAUAUAAUAUAUGUUGAUCAAAUUCAUCUCUUUAUUAUUUUUGAAUGUGAGUCUACAGAGUUUUAGUUAUGAGCUGUACAAUCAAAUAGAAAAGACCUCAAAGAGAUCAAUGUAAUAUUUCAUAAAUGAACAAUACAACACUUUAUUACAAAGUUACAUUGUUUAGUGAGAAUGUUUGAGCUGUUCAGUUUAAUUCUCUGAUUCUGCCUUUUGUCUUUCAAAAGGUGAAUUAUUUUAAAAGACAUAUGAUGUUAUAAGUUAAUAAACAGUUUUGCAAGGUAGCUCAUGCUGUAUAUGUAAUUUAUAUAUAUAUAGCUUUUGUUGUGUUGCCGCGUGGCCUAGUGGGCAAGGCAUCAGACUAGUAACCUGAAGGUCACUGGUUCAAGCCUCAGCUGAGGCAGCGUGUUUGUGUCCUUGAGCAAGGCACUUAACAACACAUUGCUCUGUGACGUCACCAAUGCCAGCUGCAAGCUGCAUGGGUCCUAGUGCCUUCCCUUGGACAACAUCGGUGGCGUGGAGAGGGGAAGGCCUGCAGCUUGGGCAACUGCUGGUCUCCCAUACAACCCUGCCCAGGCCUGCGCCCUGGAAACUCCAGGCGCAGAUCCAUGGUCUCUCGAGACCGAUGAAUGCCACCACUAAUAUAGCUUUUGUACUUUGUUAGCUUUGUAUCCAGUUUGUCAAGAAUAAUUUUAUAGAAAAUCAAUAUAUGGUCAUGAAAAAAUUAGUCACUAUUAAAGAAAAUUUGCUUGCUGGCCAGGCCCUUAAAUUCAGAGAACUAAGCAAAUCAGAUUGUUAUCUGCACCCCUCAUCCAGGCAGACUGUUAGGACAGUGUUUCCAUCAUCAGACGGAUGAGAUAGUGAAGGAUAUAUAUCUUUUUAGGGUGCUACUGCACAUCCAUCAGUAGCUGAAAUUGUAUGCUCAUGGGUUCAUUUUUUUCCAUCUAACCCAUUUUGUAAUAUAUGUCUACUUGUCUUCAAUGAGGGUAUCCCAAAAAGAAAUCAAUUAAGCUAAACAGUAUUGAGGAAAGCAACUGUAGUUUGGAGGCCUCAUAUCCUUGAGUAUUUUUGCUUGAACACAAAUCUAAAUUUAACAUUAAGGUGUCACUGCCUAGGAAACAAAUCUAAUAAUGAACACUUCCAUAAAAAUACUGACAUUUAAUGAAUAAUUAUUUCAGUUGUUUUGUUGAAGUAAUGUGUCUCUUGACCCCCUGUUAGACGCUGCACAAUGACCUCCGUGGUAAGGGAGUUCUGGCAGGUGCACAAUGGGCAGCUGACCAUUCUCACCAACUUUUGGUCUACCAUUGAAAUUUUUGGGGCUAAUGGACACAUCUUUUAAAAUUUAUGUCCAUGAUCAUUUACUGAUCUCAUCCUUGAAGGAUAACAGUAUCAUGGCUGAUGAAUAUUUUCACACUAAAUGCAACUCAAAUCUCAAAUAUGAAUGUACGUUGAAUGUAAGAUAAAUCUAUAUCUAAUUCAUUUUAGAGUUCUUAGAAAUUACUAUGUAUUAAAGAUUUAAUUCAUUUUUAAUAAAUGUUUUU